AAGGGUGUAGCAAAAAGCAUUACCUCUGUUUUAAAUUCUCUCAACAGUUGACAUGUUUAUGUUAUACUCUGUUGCUAAUUUUUAAGUUUAGACGAACAAAUCGAAGGGUUGAAGUAGAGACAUGCAGCACUUUAAAAUGUGUAAAUGAAGAACACACUGAUUUGAAAGAUCCGAUGGGAAAGCAAGACAACUCUGUUUUGUUUUUUAUGUGCUUUUAUUUAUGUAGGUGAUAUCUAAAGGGGACAAACAAAUUCAUGGAUUUCAAAACCUAUAGUUUCUACUACUGCAGUAUUUCUUUUUGUGUAAAAUCUCAGGAUGGCAUGGAAUGAUCAAGAAAUUUUGAUUUGUGUGCGGAGUUUAAAAAGAGGAGCAUACAUACAGCAUCAUUCUACAACUAGCAUGGCUUUAAGGAAAUGUUAAAUGCCAGAAGAGGUUAAUUAUGACUUUUUUACAUACAUUGUAGAAAAUUUCUAAUCAGGAUCUGCGUGUGGAACCUGUAUUUUUCAUGUUGGAUACACAGACUAAAUGUAAUCAAAUAUCUGACUGCUUGUGGAUUGUUUAUAUUCUAUGCUUGUGAAGUGUAGACGUUUGUAUGUACAGAUGCAUACGUUAUGUACAUCAUUUGACAUUAUUGUUAUAACAAAUCUCUUGAUAGAUAUUUAAAGUACAUGUGAUUGUAAUUACAGGAAUGUGAAAAAUAACACCAUGUAUGCAACAUCUAUUGGAUUAGUUUAAGAAAAUAUGAGAGAAGAAAGUAAACAGAUGUGCUUUGUAUCUCAGAGGAACAAUGACAAUGUUGUGAUUUCUAUACAUGGGGAUUGUGUAUAUUCACAAAGCAGGCAGACAGUGAAUCACAAAAAUAUGAUGCUGCAUUUUUUGGCUACUGUUUCUGUAUGGCUGACAACAGGAGUCACUAUUUCUAGUCUGAACAAAUGGAUCUUUGGAUUCUAUAAUUUUAAAUAUCCUUUAUUGUUAUCUGCCCUUCACAUGCUUACAACUAUAGUGAUUGACUAUCCUUUAAUCAGGCUGGGGUUUGUGAAGUUAGAGGCAAAUGAAAAUACACUGAAUACUAAUGCAAAGAUGAAAGUGUUUCUGCUCAGCCUGACAUUCUGCGCCAGCAUUGCAUUCGGGAAUCUUGGACUGAACCAUGUACAACUUCCAUUCGCUCAGGUGAUAUAUAGCACAACUCCACUGUUUACCUUGGCAGUUUCAAAGAUGUUUCUUGGAACAAAGUACCAUAUGCUUAAGUAUACUGCCAUGGUACCCAUCUGUCUUGGUGCCUCCCUUACAAUCAUGGGAGAAGUCCACUUCAGCCAGGCUGGAUUCUGCUUUGUAAUUGCCUCAACGAUGCUGAGAGGAGUAAAGUCUGUGCAGCAAAGUAUACUGCUACAAGAUGAGAAAAUCAAUUCUUUCACAUUACUCUACUUGAUGUCAAUCCCCAGUUUUUGUAUCUUGUCAGUCGCAGCUCUGUUUCUAGAAAAUGGUACCAAGUGGGAAACACCAUUAACCUAUGAUGGGAAGCUAUGGUUGUUCAUCUUACUCAGUUGCUUAGGCUCUGUGCUUUAUAACCUAAGCAGUAUCUGUGUGGUUGCUUUAACUUCUGCUGUUACUCUCCACAUUCUGGGCAACUUGAAUAUUGUUGGAAAUCUGGUCAUGUCACACAUCAUCUUUGGUGGGCAACUCACUGCCCUAAGUUAUGCAGGAAUCGCACUAACACUUUCUGGAGUGGUCAUGUAUCAGAACUCAGAACUUAUCGCCAGCUAUCUGGACACUAAUAAAUACCUCCAUAAGAAACACUAUGAUCCCAAGUCUGAAUAAAGCUUAUAUUUGUUGAUUGUCAACUUGAAACAUAGAAUAGUUUAUAAAAUUAUUGAUGUAUACAACAUGCAAAUUGGUAACAGAACAGGUUUCUAUGUGGAUGGUGUAUGGGAAAUUGUGGUGUAGAAGUUCAGUAAAAUGGGAACCAGCAUUAUUAUAUCCCAUGAUAAGAUCUGGUUUAGAAUAAUACCAAUGCAAGGAAUUUAAUGAACUAAACUUGAAACUAUCAUAGCAGUAUCAGUGCAAAUUUUUGCUGGGUUCAUAUUUGUUUCAGCAUUCUUAUGUGCUAGGUCAAUGUUGAGGAUAGUUUGGUGGUAUUAUUAUAAAGUUAGGACAGGUCCAGUUAGGAUCAGAAUGAUAGCAACAGUGCUACAUCUGCAUGCUAUGACUUUGUGAUGAUUAUGGAGAUAAGGUCUGAGCAAUAGUCUUAAAGCUGUUUGCAAGGUAUAACCUAAGCAAAGGUUGGUACUAGGGAAGCUAUGUAUAGGAUAUGGAGGUCUGUGCACAGUAUGUGGGAGGUCGUGAAUAGGUAUGGGUAUGAAAAAAGUGAAGAAAUGGUGUAUAUAUAUAUAUAUAUAUAUAUAGUAAUUUCCACUGUCUCAGUCCCUAUAGCCAGUCACCUGAAAUAAGUUUUCCAUAUAAAUGUUUACAUUAAUUGAUGGUAACUCUAAAUAUUUGCAUCAUAGUUUGUAAGAUAUUGAUAGAAUGUAGGUGCUCUGAAAAUAGUAUAGUUUAUCACAGUAUUAUGUUUACUGUAGUUGUCUUCAGUUCUUAUCCAAGUUACAAAUAAGACCAGUAUCAGAGCAAACUUAUUAUCGUGUGCAAUAAUAAAAACAUUAUUUUUUACUGAUAUGGUGCACCUGUGUAUGAGGGAAAGAAAUAUCAUACAGUGGCUAAAUCAGUCAUCCAUAAUUAAUAGCCAUUUAGUGAUACCAGUAUAGCUGUCAGUUACUAUCAUUUCAGACUUGGAUACCUACUCACCAGAAACCAGCUAACAACUGCUAUUAUCAGUUUCACUUACAUCACUCACAGCCAUGAAGAAGUAUGUGCCUUCAUCUACUAUGGCAUGUGCCUGACUCCAGAUAAAUUUUUGAUAUACAAGUGGAAUGCUCAUAAUCCACUAGCCAUUCACAAAACAGACCCUGAUUCUCUGGUGUGUGUCUUAAUGUAUCAAACUGCAUCCGCAAACCAAGGGUAUUCACAUCUAAUGUUCACAUCUCCACAACUAGAGGGCUUAGGAUAUGUACUACAUAUCUCUUCAUAGCCAGGAUGUGGAAAGGGCACAAACACCAGCCCAUGUUUGUCUGCAUGAUGGCCUUCAUUUGGUUAAAACUUACAUUAGUGGAUCUGGGGACUCCUCAGCCUUAGGGAAUGAAUGAACUUGAGCCCAGUUGGAGGCGGGUUGGUAGUCAGCAGGCUAAGAAAGUGAAGCAAGCAGCAUAAUAAAGUACAUUUAGUCAAAUGCUGGAUAAAUAAGUUGUUGUGUUGUGUCUUUCGGCUUUUCCCGGUUAGGGGUCACCACAGCGGAACUCCGGUCCACUAAUGAUUGGUAGUUGAUUUUUACGUGCUGAGUUACCAGCCCUGAUGCACAACCUUCAACGAAGGUACACCCAUUCACGCAUGUCUCCACGCAGAAGACGCUCUAGCUGAGAAUCGAACCGGACAGCGUCUUACUGUGAAAAUGCUGGAUAAAUAAGUAAUUUUAAAUGCUGGAUAAAUAAGUAAUAAGCUAUAAAUACCCACCCUCCCUCAAAGAAAAAUGCAGUCUAGAAAAAAAUGUCAUGGAAAGAAAUACGUUAUAAAGCAGAGUAUUCACCUACAUUAGACUUAACCCUCACUCCGAUUUCUACAAAGAGAAAACCUCUAAAACAUAUAAUAAAACACAAAUAUUUAGUAACAAGAAGCAAAGGAGCUCCAUGAAUGGUGUACAAAGGAAAACAUAGACAUUUAAAAACAUGUUGGUUUAUGACGGAAGUCUCAUGUAAUUUUUACCUCAUCCAACAAGAGUAAGACAAAAAUAACAUAUAAAUAAUACUGUAGGCUAUAGCUAAACACAGCUAUUUUAUUGCUUAUGAAUAUUCAUUUCAGCAGUCACAAAAAAUAUAGGAAAGUAAUAAAAAUAGAAUUUCAGUUAUAAAUGAUACACAAGAAUCCUGACACUAAUAGAAAAUUAGUCAGGUGAUGAGCUCAGACACUGUUGUAAGGGAUCUGGGGUACUCUUUUUGAUAAUUCUUUAUCAUUUGACCAUUGUGUCUCCACAGCAGUUUGAAGAGCUUUUUAUCUGGCCAAUCUAAUUUCGAAGGGCAUCUCCACUACAUCCAAAGAAGUCUUAAUUCCCCUUUACUCAUAUAUUAUCAGACCCAUUACUGAAGGUACUGCACCUUUUGGCAUCUAUUUUUCUAAACAUAUCACACAACUUGAGACAUCUCAGAGAUUCAGAACUAAACCAACUCCCCAGCUACAUAAAACAAAGUUCAUCAUUAUCCAUAUUCAAGUACAACGUAGAUCUAUGGAUGAGAAACAGAAAAUUUACUGCAGGACUGACCCCCUUACUACUAAUGGACAGAGGCAGCUCCUAAAUGCUUUAUCCUAUGCAUGGGUCCGCUCAUAUUAUCUAUGGUAUGGUCCUAAUUAUUCUCAUUACAGGUAAUAUAUAACUAUCAACCAUGGGAUGGGUAAGGCCAAUCUAUAACCAAAUGGGUAGGUUAUUUUGAGCACAAAAAGGGAAACUGGCAAGGCUUAAAAUGGCCUGCAAGGGUAGCUAGCCUAGUAGUUACCGAUGAACCUAUGAACCAAUAAAAAUAUCAGUGGCCUCAAAAAUCAUAAUCAUCAGUAGACACUGGUAGCCCUUUCUCUGUAUUUAUUCUCUUACUGACUCCUCUGUGGAGAUCUAUUUUAGCCUUUCAUGCCAUGAAAGAUCCAACCCUAUUUGAUCUCCUAUUCCUUUGCAGAAAUAACGGUACAUCAAAUCCUCGGUUAAAGGAACUAAACCUUCAUCAUCAGAUAAAUAAGACAAGUUGACAUCAUAGAUUCAUAUCCCAGCAUAUUACUCACCUCUGGAACAUACUUUUAAUUUAGUUGAAGACUGAGAGAAGUAAAAUAGACGAGUUGAAAGUGAUGGAACAUGUAAAUCAUAAACUAGAGAUUACUUAGAAAUGAAGGACAGUGGGCAGCUUAGAUGAGUUCAACAUUUAAUGGAAUGAUAGCAUAGAGUAAUAACAUCUGCUGGGAAUACAGGGCUGUAGAAUUUGUGCAGGCCUAGGGAUAUAAUAUGCAAUCCUAUAUUGAAAAAGUUGCAUAAUGACUUGGUUUGUCAAUAUAGUUUUGCUGAGCUUGGAACUGAAGGAGCCGUGAGCUGCUCCUUUUCUACUGUAUCAAAACAAAAAAAACGCCAGGCUAGGCUCACUGCACCACCAUGACUUUUUAUUAAAUACCCAUAAGUGCUUUCAUUCCAAAGAAUGCGCAAGGAAAUUCAGGUUUACCCCUGGAAACAAGUCACAGGUCUAGUAGGACUAAGCCAGUUAACAAAACAUAAAAACUUCAUUAAAUAUUACAAAGAGAGUUCAUUUCAUUAUCUUGUUUUGACUUGUCUUGUCUUGGGUUAUUAGGAAAAUGCAAAUUAUCCAAUAUUAUAACCCGAGCCUUUAGUGUCUUUUUUUAUUGGUAAUUUAAUAAUAUCCACUAAAAAUAAAUGACUGUACUCAAGAGUUGAACAGAGAUUACUUUGAGGAGCUAAGUGGCCUCUUCAAUCAUAUACUAGCAAGUAUAUGUUACCAGAAUCAAACCCAUCCCUGCAGCACGUCACAUUAAUUCUCAACCUGCCAUCAGAACAUCCACAUUGCGUUGUCAGCAUAUCCCAGGUAAAACAUGUCUAUCCUUCAUUGUUAACACCUGCUCAACAAAGGUAUACUAACUGCAGACUGCAUUUCUGGAGAUUUUCCUUGCCUUUUCAAAGCAGCAAUAAAAAGACUGAGAUGUAGGAAUACUGCUCUUUCAUGUUAAAUUGUAGUUGACUUAAUCAUACCUGAAUGCACAUCUGGCAAAUGUUGCAGUUAAGGUGUGAACAUUCAUAUAUAAAUUUGCCAGAAGCGUGCAUUGUGCCCUGUUCUGCUACUGAAUCUUGGAUGUUUUUCAACAUUAUUUUAAGUAGCUUAAAACAUAGUGAAGGAGAUUUUUUUACUUCUCCAAUUUUGCUAAAAGCAAGGUGUGCUCUACAUUUCAUAAAGCUAACAGCAUAAAUAAAGUAAUUUGUUUUAUUAAUGUAAAAGUAUAAAAUGUACAUCACACUUGGAAUGUAUAUUAUAGUUACCAAAGAAACAUUACUUGAAGUAUGCAUUAUUGCACAUAAUAUAAACAUCCCAUAGAGGAUUACAAUCUAAACUGAUAUACUGCUUCACAGAAACCCAAUGAAUGGGGGAAAAUAGUUUUUAUUGUAUAAUAAACCAUGAUUUUUAGUUUUGUAAGCAU